UCCCGUCUUCUAGAAUCCUCUACAAUCUCCAGCCACCACCACUCCCAAUCGGCCACUUUCCACACCCCACACCUCCACCGCACCGGAAGGCGAACGAUGGCGGCGACCCUUCCCCCUCCCGCGGCGUCGACGGCAGCGCUGGAGCAGCUGAGCAGCACCAAGAUGUUCGGCGGCUGCAACCUCCGCUUCCGGCACCAGAGCGCCACCCUCGGCUGCCCCAUGACCUUCUCUGUCUACCUCCCUCCGUCCCCGGCGUCCAACCUCCCCGUGCUGUACUGGCUGUCGGGCCUCACCUGCACCGACGAGAACUUCAUCAUCAAGGCCGGCGCCCAGCGUGCCGCCUCCGCUCACGGCGUCGCCCUCGUCGCCCCUGACACCUCCCCGCGUGGGUUAAAUAUAGAAGGAGAGGCAGACAGCUAUGAUUUUGGUGUUGGUGCCGGGUUUUAUUUGAAUGCCACAAAUGAGAAGUGGAAAAACUGGCGCAUGUAUGACUAUGUUGUGAAGGAACUGCCAAAAGUAUUAAGUGACCACUUUGAACAGCUUAACACUUCACAAGCAUCAAUUUUUGGACACUCAAUGGGAGGGCAUGGUGCACUGACAAUUUACUUGAAAAACAUUGACAAGUACAAGUCGGUAUCGGCAUUUGCUCCAAUUGUCAAUCCGAUAAACUGCCCAUGGGGUCAGAAAGCAUUCUCAAAUUACCUGGGCUCAACUAAAUCGGAUUGGGAGGAAUAUGACGCAACCUGCUUGAUUAAAAAGUGCAAAGAAGUUUCAACUCCUAUCCUUAUUGACCAGGGAGAGGAUGACAAGUUCCUGGCUGAGCAGCUGCUACCUCGCAACUUUGAGGAGGCAUGCAAGGCUGUAAGGGCUCCUCUGAUCUUGCGCAUGCAGCCUGGAUACGAUCAUUCAUACUUUUUCAUUGCUACUUUCAUAGACGACCACAUUGCGCACCAUGCUCAAUUUCUCAAGAGCGCCUGACUGCAAAGUCUCCUGUAAUGUCAGUAAGCAAUCAAGAGAAAAGGGGGGAGGCAGCUCCGUGGUCUCGAGGCGUCUGCCUACCGUAUGUGUUUACUAUGCCCCGGUGACGAGUCUUUCUCUGUUCUUUUGUCUGUUAGCUUGAGGUGAACAAUAUACCCAGAUGUAUAAGAUGAAAGAUUUGUCUUUGCUGUCAUUAUCUUGAUGUCAUAUUUGAGUGCGGUUUCUUGUCUUCCAUCCAGUGCAAUUAUUGGCCCGGAUGCAGCAAUUUCUGGAUCAAUGAAUGAUUGGAUUUGUGCUA